UGCCGUAAACUUAACCAUAACCUGAACGCACUGUCGUGAAACAAAACAUUUUCCAGCUAAUCCAGGUACUUCCGGUUAGCUUCACUACGAAGCUGGAAUAGAUUGUUAGUAAUAGGAUAACGUAAGUAGUGUCAUUCUGGGAGUGUGGUGGAUUAAAGUAUCAAUGCAGGCAUGGAGGUGCCUUUACCUCCCGAUGACCAAGAGCUGCGGAAUGUCAUUGAUAAAUUAGCCCAAUUUGUGGCUCGAAAUGGGCCCGAUUUUGAGAAUAUGACCAUGGAAAAACAAAAGGACAACCCUAAGUUUUCAUUCCUGUUUGGUGGAGAGUUUUAUACCUAUUACAAGUACAAGCUGGCAGUUGAGCAGCAACAAUAUAUGUGCAAGCAGCAAGGGCAGGAUGUGGAUCAGGCUCAGCAGGCAUCGUCUGCCGUUGGUUCUCUCUCACAGGCAUCAUCCUUAAAUUCUCCUCAGAGUGCAUCUGCACUGGAAGAGAUGAUCCAGCAGAGUCAGUGGAAUGUUCAACAGCAAGAACAGCAACUCAUUACCUUACGGCAGGAGCAGAUCGCAGCAGCCAUAUCGAAUGCAAUAGAGCAGCAGUUACAGAACCUGCUGACAGAAACGCAGCUGGACGUGACAGAGUUUGACAACCUCCUGCAGCCCAUUAUUGACACUUGUACAAAAGAUGCUAUAUCAGUAAGUGUACAAGUGAAAUUGCUUACUCCUUUUUUCUUUCUUACUGAGAUGAACUACCAAUCCUCUGUCUUUACAUUGUCUUGCUGCACUCUUAAAAUAAGUGCAUUUAUUUUUGUUUUUCCACAGUUGAGACAUGUUUAG